ACCCGAAAUGACCCCAAAAGAAAAAUUUGAAAUCUGGGAAUGGAGUGAAGGCGAAAUCGGACACGGUCAUCAUAUACAUUAUCCAAUUAGGACUAGGGCGAGGGUGUACACGCAACAACGCAGCCCUGAAGCUCCCUGUCUCCCUCAGCCAUUCAACCUCACUCCCCCAGUCCCCACUCCCCAGUCCGGCAGACCCCACUCCCCACGCUGACCCCUGACCUCGUCUUCUCUCUCACUCCCAGUCUCCCAGCACGCACGACGCACUCCCAGCACGCACCACGCACUCGCACCGUCCUCCCCUCCCCGUCUUCUCAGCCCUCCGUGUCUCACAUCAGUCACCGGCGAAGCUUGUCGUUCGACUGACGACGGUGACGACCGACGAUUGACGUCCGACGACUGACGACCUACGGUGCUGCCCUGUUUCUCGGUGACCAUUGACGCUUCUCUGCUUGGCCCGGUCGUCUUCUUCUUCUCUAUUACUGCUCCGUCACUGCUCUGUUCUGCUAGUCCCGCUCCUUCUGCUCCGCUCUCUUCUCCGGUCUUCUUCUCAGGCUAAGCAGAAACAGGCAGACAGAAGCUUAAAAUGUGUUUUCAAUGACAACCUUGUGUCCUGCUUGAUUGGUUGCUUUACAGUAAAGUAAUCAAAAUGCUGUAUCUCCAAACUAAUGUCCUUCUUAGAUGCCCUUCUCCUUUUUGUACCACAAAAAUGGAUGCUUGUUUGCGUCCAUUAUCAUCAGUUAAUGUUCAGAAUUCUAGUUUAGAAUCUAGUCAUGCCAUUACUCGUUUGGGAUUCUUGUUUCAUUCACCUGUAUCUACCCAUUGCACAUGGAAGCAGUUAUCUUGCUAUGCUUCAGGAGAAUCUCCUUCAAAUACUGAAUAUGAUUGUGAACCUAAACCUGGCUCUAACAAAAGAGCUAGGCCUAAGGCAAGAACACAGUCCUCAAAAGAUGUGGCAUCUGGCAAUGGUAAAAUAGGUUCUGCUGAUGCCUUCCCUUCAACAAUUCCAAGGAAGCCAAGGCGUGGUCGUAGAAGUGAAGCAAUGGCAGUGGAAGAUUACAUACGUGGUUCGCUUGAACGCACAUUUGAAACAAUUCGGCAGCAAAAAUCAGAUGUUUUGGAGGAUCCAGAAAACAUAACGAAGGAUAGAGUCCGUGGCAAUUCUGAAUCCAAAAGCAGUGAUGAUGAUGACGAUGAUGGUGAAGAGGAGGUGAAGAAGGACAAUGAAGAAGAGGAAGAUGACGAAGAUGAUGACGACAGGGUAAAGAAUAUGGUGAUUGAGGAAGAAAGUGAAAACUGGCCAGUGGAUGCAGAUGUUGGGUGGGGAAUCAGAGCUUCUGAGUAUUUUGAGCAGCAUCCAAUCAAGAAUGUUGUCGGAGAAGAUGGUUAUGAAAUCGAUUGGGAAGGAGAGACUGAAGAUUACUGGGUUCAAGAGAUCAACUGUUUGGAGUGGGAGAAUUUUGCUUUCCAUCCCAGCCCAUUAAUUGUCCUUGUAUUUGAACGCUAUAACAGAGCAAGUGAUAACUGGAAACUUUUGAAGGAGCUGGAGGAAGCAAUCAAAGUAUAUUGGAACGCCAAAAAUCGGUUACCUCCUCGGGCUGUUAAGAUUGACAUUAACAUCGAGAGAGACAUGGCUUAUGCCCUAAAAGUUAAAGAAUGUCCUCAAAUUUUAUUUCUGCGGGGACACAAAGUAGUGUACAGGGAGAAAGAACUGAGAAGUGCCGAUGAGCUGGUUCAGAUGAUUGCAUUUUUCUAUUACAAUGCAAAGAAGCCUGCCUGGAUUGACGACAAGGCCUUGCCACGCUUUCGUUUUUAAUCAAAUUUCGGGAAUGCCAUGUAGUCCUUGUCAACUUGAUGGUUGUAUUGUCGUUGUUGUGAUACAACCAAAUCUGCAGCAAUAUUUUGUUUCACUGUGAUCUUGUAUUAAGGAGAAGUAAUUAACUAAGGUGAGUUUGUGUCUAUAUUUUCCAAUCGAUCAAAAUUAGAACUGUUUUUUCGUAAGGUGUAAUCAAAUUUGGGUUAUGUUAUAUAGUUAUAUAGAUGUUUUCAAAAUAUUAAACAUACUAGUUUGCAUUGACUAUUUC